CUGGAUACCAAAAAAAAAAGAUCAAAAUCAAAUCUAGAAGGCAAGUGUAGUACAGUUUAAGAAUGUUUUGACUGCCAUACAUGAAUAUUAUAAGUGUGAACUGAAAGUGACUUGCAUCCCUUCAUGCUACUCAGCUUGUCUUUGUUGAGAUACUAAUCCAGCAUUAAAUUAAUCGUGACGGCUGCCUGGAUGUGACUGGCAUCCCUUGAUGCUACUCGGCUUCUUAAACUAAUUGAAAGUGUAAUCGACCCUACACUACUCAUGGCAGGUUUCAAAGAGAGAAGGAACUAAAACGAAUUAUUAAAGGAAGACCAAAAUCCUUCGGACCUGUGGCCUGUGGACCUCAUCCAGCCGCUCCAGGUAGCGCAAGCCUCGUAUAUAAAUACACGUGGUCUGUCCGUAGUAGACUGCAUCGCAACAUCUGUAGUGCACAUCUCUUGGUGAUUGUCUUCACCUUAGCAAGCUUCAUCCCAAGAAACCAUUCACCAGCUCACUGCACAAGCAGUACAACAAGGACAGCUAGCCUUUGCAAGUUUGUGGCCAGUUGCAGAAGUACUCAUACUUUUGUGAGAGAUAUGGAGGGCACAGAUGAUGUCAAAUCAGAUGAGAUCCUCAUGCCCGGGUUCCGGUUCCAUCCUACAGAUGAAGAGCUGGUGAGUUUCUACCUCAAGAAGAAGAUCCAGCAGAAGCCCAUCUCCAUCGAACUCAUCAGGCAGCUGGACAUCUACAAGUUUGAUCCAUGGGACCUCCCAAAGCUUGCGAACACCGGCGGUGAGACAGAGUGGUACUUCUACUGCCCAAGGGACCGGAAAUAUCGAAACAGCGCGAGGCCAAACCGAGUUACAGCAGCUGGGUUCUGGAAGGCCACAGGAACAGAUAGGCCGAUUUACUCCUCCAAGGGCACAAGGUGUGUAGGCCUGAAGAAGUCACUUGUCUUCUACAAAGGCAGAGCAGCAAGAGGAAUCAAAACCGAGUGGAUGAUGCAUGAGUUCAGGCUUCCUUCGCUUGCUGAUCCAUCACUUCCCAAGAGACCAAUCGACAAGACCAUCCCACUCAACGACUCUUGGACCAUAUGUAGGAUCUUCAAGAAGACCAGCUCGAUGGCGGCGCAACGGGCGCUGACUCACACUUGGGAGCCUCCAUUGCCUGGGGCAACUAAGCAAGAUCUCUUCUCCGCCAUGCAAGCUUCUCAUUUUCCUUCAGAGAGCUGCUCCAACUCAUUGCAAGUUGCAGCUGCGGCACCAUCAAGUCAGUUCGACAGCAAAUAUGGCUUCCAAGGACAGCAGCAGUUUCAGAAACCCAACAGCACACAGGAGGGUGGCUCUUCAUGCAAGGUCAUAAGCUUCAACUGCAGUCCAUCUCCACAAGUCCUGAAAGGCCCCAUCAUCUUGCCAUUCCAAACACAGCCGCCAUCACAGAAGCCCAUGCUGCACACUGCACCACCGCUCUUCUUCGAGGCGCAGUUUGGGCAGCCUGAGCAGAUCACUGGAUUUGUGACUGCUUCUUCUGAAGAUAUAGAUGACGAGAUGAGCUGCAGGGACCAAGAGUCAUCCACAAUGAAGCAUGGUGAUACUUUCCGCAUGAAGAAUGAGUGGGACACUCCGGGGAGACUCAACUUCCCAUUCGAUUUAGGAGCAGACUCUUCAGAUGACUGGGAGUGCAACAUACCUUGGGAAUCCUUUCUUAGCCCAACAGUCCCUGCUGAGAUCACACAGUAUUAGAUACUUAGCUUGCCCUACAUAGAGUCACCUUCAUAUGUUAGCAUUUCUGUUAGUGAAGGCACCAGCUACUGCUUGUACAGUUUUGGGUUAGAUGCAUAAUAUAUAUACUAGUAAGCUAUACCAUUGUUAACAGCAGAGCUAAUAGAGAGAAGGAUAUGGAUAUAUGCAUGCAUUGGGCGUAUUGUGUGUACAUUUUAAGCUGAGUGCUGUUGGUAUGCUCUACUUUGAGUGGAGAGUAAUGAACAUAUGUACAAGUCACAAGCUUGCAAUGGACUGCCAAACCCUAAAACGUGCAGGAUACUGAAAAGAUGGGAAAUGUAUCACCAAAUGACUCUUUCUGAUAAUAAAGUAGGAAAUGGUGUUUCAUUUUCUAACAUGUCUGAAGUUUGAAGGAAAUACUGAUUUUGCUCCCCAUGGCUUGGGUAGAUGACGAUGAAUCACUCAUCGAGAUCUUCCAAGGCUCUAGGAAAGAAUAGACGUCAUAGACAGGAAUAAAAAGGAAGGUUAGUUCAACAAAAGAGCUUUGCCUUGACUAUUAUAAAAAGCAUAUUUUAUCAACUGCAUCAAUAUUCUUUUUAGGAUUCAGUUCGGCACUAUGAGGCUACCAAUGACUGUGCACCUAGUUUAAAGACAAUAAAGAAUUUCAAGCUUGUGAUGCAGUCAUAACGUGAAACCAUGGACUAAGCCUGUGAGCCACUGGAACAUAACUUCUUGGAUAUCUAAAAGCGGAGAUGACACUGGGCAACGUCGAAGUAGU